AUGCCAUGGACGGCCAAAUGGGGAGCGAGGGUAGGAGCCACGGACAACACAGAGGGGGACACGGACUCCUUGAACUCGUCCCAGCUCAACCUGGCAAUAAGGGAUAUGCUGCAGAUGUACCCGGCUCGAAACCAGUGCGAGCAGUUUUGUCGAGACAGCCAAGCCCGGAUCGCAGGCAAGCCCCGUCAGCUGCUCAAGACAAUUUCCAUAGUCAUAAUCCCAGUGGCUGUGCUGACGGCCCUCAUCGGAAACACCUUCUUCCACACGUUCACCAGGUACGUUCAGUCGUUCGGUAUUCGCGCCACUUUGCUGUACAGUGUCGAACUGGGUACGGUGAUCCAUUCGCUUCAGGAAGAGCGGGACAUUAGCGCCCUCUACCUCAGUUCCAUCGAGCAGAAGACAAAGAGUCUACUUCUUCGUCGGUAUCCAGAGACUGAUAAGUCUCUCGAGAAGCUGACCUUCUGGACAACUGGACCAACCCUCGUCCUUCCGGAGUUCCAGUCUAAGGACAAGUUCUUAUCCUACCUCAACAGACACAGGUAUGAGCUAGAUACACUCAAUCAGUCGGUGACGAUGGAGUUGGAGAUGUACACGUCGUUGAUCAGUGUGUUCAUCUCGUGGCUGUACGAUGCCGUCACUGAAGACCACUCCGGGGCUAUCUGGAGAAGCUUGGUGGCCUACCAAGAGGUCAUAGUGGCGAAGGAGUACAUGGGACUGGAACGAGCGCUGGGCACCGUCUUCUACGCAACAGGCAGGUUCCCGUCCAGAGACGCGCACCUGUGGUUCUCGGAGAGCCAGGAUGUCACAAAUGCUACGUUCCUGUCGGCUAGGCGAUACUCAGGAUUAGUCCAUGCUUUGUACGAGAAGAACAUCCAUGGUAAUGAGAUGCUCCUGGACGUCCUGGGCAGGAUGAGGGCCGAGAUUCGCCGGAACGACCUGAUGGGCAAGGGGUCGGUGAAGAUGGCACAGUGGUGGUUCAACAACAUGACGAUGUACAUGGAUCUCCUAUUGACGACCCAGACGGACUUGUCAGAGGAGAUCACGCAGAUCAUGGACGAAGGACAGAUCUACACCUUCAACAGAGUCAUGGGCAUAUCCUUCGUCCUGGCCUGUGUCUUCAUCCUCUGCCCAGUCAUCAUAUACACCAUGUAUUCCCUGACGAACGAGAUACAGCAGUACUCAACCGCCCUUACUAAGAGGUAGGAGCCUUGGAUAAAGGAACAGAAGCGAACUGAGAUGCUCUUUUAUCAAAUGAUCCCAAAAUCAGUGGCGGAGAAAAUGAAACAGAAUGAAAUCGUGGGAGCAGAACAUUACAGCGAGGCCACCAUCCUUUUCUCUGACAUCCAGGGGUUCACGCUCAUCACGGCCAGAAGUUCCCCACUGCAGGUCGUGAGCAUGCUCAACAGCCUAUAUCUGUGUUUCAAUGAACGUAUUGCCGAGUACGAUGUCUAUACUGUGGAAACCAUUGGCGAUGCUUACAUGAUUGUCUCGGGGAUACCGAACCGGAACGAUCACAGUCAUGCAGCUGAGAUCGGCAAGAUGGCGCUGGACAUCAUGAGAAAUAUUGGUCAACUCGAAAUACCUCACUUGCCGGGCACAAAGUUUAAACUGAGGGUUGGAUGUCAUACUGGUCCAUGUCUAGCGGCAGUGGUGGGCCCGACCAUGCCGAGGUACUGUCUCUUCGGCAAGACUAUCAGCAUAGGAGCCAAGAUGGAGUCUCUCGGGAAACGGUCAAUGAUUCACAUCAGCCCAACCACGCACGAUGCGCUGCACCUCACAGGGGGAUUCGUGACUGUUGAAAGAGAGGACAGAGUGGCUAAGGUGGGUCCAGCUUGA